AUGUCAAAAGAUGACAAGCUCAGUCAAGACAAGUCCCUGCACUGUGACAGAGAGCUGUGUGCGUGGCAGCAGGUUUCGGCUGUCCAGGGAGGAAGACUGAUAAUUUCUGUGCUCCAUUUCGAGUCACAUUGUGUAUCUUCAGUAGUUCAUGUGUCUCAGUGUAUGGAUGCAGUGGAGCUGUAUGUCAGCUCCACACUCGUCAAUGUCAACUUCGUAGUGUGCCAACUGUUUGCCUUGCUUGCGGCUAUUUGGUUUCGAACAUACCUUCAUUCAAGCAAAACUAGCCCAUUUAUAAGACAUGUUGUUGCAACCUUCUUGGGCCUUUAUCUUGCACUUUUUUGUUUUGGAUGGUAUGCCUUACAUUUUGUUAUACAAAGUGGAAUUUCCUACUACAUCAUGAUCAUAAUAGGAGUGGAAAAUAUGCACAAGUAUUGCUUUGUUUUUGCUUUGGGAUACCUCACUGUGUGCCAAAUUACUAGAGUUUAUAUCUUUGAUUAUGGACAGUAUUCCGCUGAUUUUUCUGGUCCAAUGAUGAUAAUUACACAGAAGAUCACUAGUUUGGCGUUUGAGAUUCAUGAUGGAAUGUUUCGGAAAAAUGAAGAUUUGACUCCAUCACAGAGGUGCUUGGCUGUAAGACGCAUGCCAAGUCUACUGGAGUAUUUAAGUUACAACUGUAAUUUCAUGGGUAUCCUGGCAGGCCCGUUAUGCUCUUACAAAGACUAUAUUACUUUCAUUGAAGGCAGAUCGUACCAACUGCAACAGUCUGAAGCAAAUGGGAAGGAAGAUACAAAGUAUGAGCAAAUGGAUCCUUCUCCAAAUAUAGCUGUGGCACAGAAACUUUUAAUCUGUGGACUGUCCUUACUCUUCCACAUGACUAUUACAAAAACUUUGCCUGUGGAAUACAACAUUGAUGACAACUUCAGAGCUACAGCAUCAUGGCCUGUACGGUUUUUCUACCUAUACGUGUCUCUUAUGGCUGCCAGACCCAAGUAUUAUUUUGCAUGGACUCUGGCAGAUGCAAUUAAUAAUGCAGCAGGUUUUGGUUUUAGAGGCUAUGAUAAAAAUGGAGUUACACACUGGGAUCUAAUAUCAAAUCUGAGGAUCCAGCAAAUAGAGUUUUCUACAAGUUUCAAGAUGUUUCUUGAUAACUGGAAUAUCCAAACAGCGCUUUGGCUUAAAAGAGUGUGCUAUGAGCGAGCCACCUUCAGCCCUACGAUCCAAACCUUCAUCCUCUCUGCCAUUUGGCAUGGGGUUUACCCAGGAUAUUAUUUAACAUUUUUAACAGGAGUACUAAUGACACUAGCAGCACGAGCUAUAAGAAACAAUAUCAGACACUAUUUUGUUGAAUCUCCUGCUGUUAAACUAUGUUAUGAUAUUAUAACAUGGAUGGCAACUCAAGUAGCAAUAAGUUACACAGUUGUGCCAUUUGUACUGCUCUCUGUAAAACCCUCUUUCACCUUUUACAGCUCCUGCUAUUUCUGUCUUCAUAUUGCCAGCAUCCUGGUCUUGUUGGUAUUUCCACUGAAAAGAACUCAAAAAGGAAGUAAAAAGCAUGAAAGCAUCCAGCCCAUGUGGUCCAAAAAAUUAGAAGAAGAAAAUCUUUUGCAAAAGAACAGUUAUUCCACAACAAAUAAUAGUUUCAGUCAGAAACAAGAAAUAACCUGCAGAUAUCAAGCGUUAAAACAGUGAUUGAGGAAAUACUAUGAUGAAUAUAUUUUGUAUGUUUUCGGAAACCCAUUUUUAGCACCUUUUCAAGGGGUUUGUAUUUGUUUGCAAAGAUGUUUAGUAAGAAAAGAAUGCAUUACCUAGGAAAACCACAUACAAUAGCAAGACUGGAAACAAAACAAAUUAACCCCUCCCAUGCCAUGUCCCUGUGGGUCACGCCUUAUAUGAAGAAAUUACCAUUAUUUCAAUGGGCACUCAGGACUUGCAACGUAUGUCCACAGGGUCCUAUGUGUGCCCUUUGCUGAAUGUACGUUGUGUAUCCCAAGGCACUGAUGGGGUGGAAUGAAAUUGUGUCAAUCUAGGAUUAACAAAUGGAAA